UCUAGUGUUUCUGUUUCCCUUCGUUUAAGAUUGUUUGAGGGAAAUAAUGGCAACAAAAAAGAAUCCAAGGUGUGCAAGCUGCAAGUGGCAGCGAAAGAAAUGUUCAGAGUCAUGUAUAAUGUCUCCUCAUUUUCCAUCCACUGAUCCCCACAAAUUCGAAAUAGUUCAUAGAGUUUUUGGAACCACUCAUGUGCUGAAAACGCUGCAAGGCUUGAAAGAAAAUGAAAGGGCAGCUGCAGUAAAUAGUAUGGUGUAUGAAGCAAAUGCAAGAAUAAAGGACCCUGUGCAUGGGUGUGCAGGUGCAGUUGAUCAACUUCAAAAGAAAAUUGCUGAGCUGGAAUCACAGUUGUCAACCAAACAGGAAGAACUCCAGAGAAUGAGGUUGAUUGUGGGUCAGAUUGCAUCAGAACUCAUCGCUCGCUCUCAUUUUCUUUAUCCAACACCAGAAGAUGAUGAUAUGGUAUUAGAAGACGCGGAUCAAUUGUGGGAGCCUCUUUGGGACUGGAAGAUGUAAAUCAACGACUAGUUUUCCUUCAGUUACCAUUACAAUUUAGCUGUAUUACGUGACUAAAUUGAAAAGACAAUGAUGUGGAUUCAAGAUGAUUGUGAAAAUAUAUUUUAACUAUAUGUUCCUGUUUCGUUCCUUUCUUCAAUUAUCUAUCCUUAAUAAAGUAGUCAAUCAAUCACUGGCUAGCCAUUGGUAUGUUAAUACAGAUGA